AUGGCCGACGAUAACACCGUGCCCAGCGGAGGAGGGCGUUCUCUUGGAGGAAAUGCUGUUGAACCCCUUCCAGAAACCUGGGCUCGCCCUGCAACAAGCCAACCACGCGUUGGCCGAAUCGGUGCUUGGAGUAACACUAAUGUUCGUCGCGGACCUGCUUCCAGCAGCCUUCCAGCUCCUCCCAACUCCCUAUCGCGUGCUCUUUCUUCUAGUGAGGAUGAGUCAGAUGAUGAGGAGCGAGAAGAUGACAAGGGCGGAGAGCAGUGGUUUGCUGGAGGUGAACGAAGUGGGAUCAGCAUACAGAAUCCGGAGUCCGCCAGGCGCGAUAAUAUACCUGGGGGACAAAUGGUUCGCGAUUUAAUACGUAGGGCGGAAGAGACUGGUCCGGCAGUUGCAAAUGCUGAAGAGCGUAGCACGAUAUUCUCUGGCGGCGGCCACACACUUGGAUCCGAUGAGGUUGAGAGCCAAUUUAUUCCCGAUCCUAAUGCCACAGAAGACCAGCCAAUAUUACGACAUCUCACUUUCUGGCGUGAUGGUUUCUCUGUUGAAGAUGGCCCUCUUUUGCGCUACGACGACCCGCAAAAUGCACAACUUCUAUCCAUGCUACAUCAAGGUGUCGCCUUGCCAAGUCUUUUGAACAUACAAGUCGGCCAACGUGUCAACAUUGUCGUAGCAAGAAGAACCAAUGAAGAGUACGUCGCUCCUCGCACAAGCUGGUCAGGCGGUAUUCGUCUCGGUGCACCAAUCCCAGGCGAAGCUGCUUCAGUGUCACAGGCCACAUCAACCAUACCAACAACUACCGCAAAACCACCCACCAUUGACGACACCCAACCAACCACUCAAAUUCAAGUCCGACUAGCGAAUGGAAACCGCUUCCUCGCUCGCCUCAACGUGACCCAUACUGUGGCUGAUCUGCGCGCUCUCAUCGACAGCGCGAAUCCUUCGACUGGUGCUUAUGUUCUCCAAACAACGUUCCCAACAACUCAACUCGACGAUGCAACGCCCGUUGGUCCAGAGGGAGCGAAGCUAGGAGGGACUGUCGUUGUGCAGCGUCUUGAAUAG